AGCAAUAAUAGGGGUUGCAUUUACAGCACCUCAACUACUUUAUCGUCUUCCCAUAAACCCCAUAACUCGAAUCUAUCACAUAGCCACAAGCCACUGAUAUUCUAGUGAUAAUAUAAUAAUUAUCUUUUCUUGAUCCCUAUAAUACCCAUACAUGGCCAACAAUGAUGCAGCUUUGAGAGCCUCUCUGGUCUGGUUGGCUGCAGUUAUGGUGGUGAUAGGGAUAUGGACACACUCUUUGAAGAAAGUAAUGGUAACUUACAUAGUGGGUGUGCUUGGGAUUGCUGGGGUGUUAUUGCCUGACUGGGAUUUUUUUGAUAGAGAUUUCUCGCGGUGGUGCUCCCCUAUUAGCGAAGAAGAGAAGGCCGCUUUUGCUCAAAGAUCUGGGCUCAGGAAUAGGAUUUCUCCCCUCAGAUUGGUUGUUUACACCACUGUUUAUGGGUAUGCUUUUUAUAAGUGGUGGAUGUACAUAUCAAAUUAAUCUCUCCAUUUAGAUAUGUAAAAUGCAAAAUAAAAUUAUGGUCAAAUGUUUCUGAUUCAUCAUAUCAGUGUGCAACUAGUUGUUUUUCUCAUUUCGGAAAUGGGAUUUGUUGAUUUAAAUUGUAGACAUGCUCAUCAAAACAAAGCAGCUGCAUGCCUCACUGAAAAUGAACUUGAAACUUCACAGGUUCCCUCUGAAACAUUUUCUAGUUUUUUAAA